UAAAGUUGCGUAUUGUUUAAAAAGGAAUCGGAAUCGGAAUCGAAAAUUUGAAAUUGGAUUUGUACUCAUUGAUCUGAGUCACGCUUAUUGUUUGCUCGCAAUCGCAUCUGCCUCCGUUUACCUUUUGCUAGUUCGACUGAAGAUUUCCACGGCGACAGAGCUAGGGAAUUAGUGUUUUUAUGACAAUAAUCGAUGGGCGUUCAUUGGCAUUUCAAUGGCUGGAGCUGACUACUGCGAAAUUGCGGCUGACACUCGAAGGACUGAAUGCUGUUGGAUCUUGUGAAAGAGGGUUGGAAACAGCUCACAUGGUUCUGGUUCCACUCUCAUGAUGGAUACCCUUCUUGAAUAACCAAUGCUGUCCCCUCCCGUCGUCUCCAAUUCUUUCUUCAUCCUUCGUCUCCAUAGUCUCUGGCUUCAAUAUCCUUUUUUCCCGACGGACCUCGUGACCUUCUUCUCCUACUUCUCUGUCAUCUUCCGGGGCUAGUUUUGGCGUCGUGUUGUUUCGGUUAUGUUUUCUUCUUCUACAGCUUCGUCGGAGGCUCAAAUCUGAGAACUAGGUAUUUUUGACCCCGAUCGGCGGAUUCUGCAAAAAUGGCACGAAAUAAGGAAGGCCUGGUUCUGGUGCUUGAUGUUGGUCCACUGAUGCAUUCUGUGUUGCCAGAAGUAGAAAAAGUUUGUUCUAUUAUGAUACAGAAGAAGCUUAUUUACAGCAAAUAUGAUGAGGUUGGACUUGUCGUAUUUGGUACCACAGAGACAAAGAAUGAAUUGGCAGUAGAAGUUGGUGGAUAUGACAAUGUGAUGGUUUCACGGGAUGUGAAAGUAGUAGAUGGAGAUCUUGUUGAUGCUUUACAACAACUUCCUCGAGGAAGCACACAUGGAGACUUUCUUGAUGCAAUUGUUGUUGGGAUGGAUAUGUUGAUUAAGAAGUAUGGGCCAACUAACAAGGGAAAAAAGCGCUUAUGUCUUAUAACUAAUGCAGCUACUCGAAUUAAAGAUCCUUAUGAGGGAACAAAGGAGGACCAAGUGAAUACAAUUGCUAUGCAGAUGACAGCACAUGGCAUGAAGAUGGAGUGCAUCAUUUUUAGAGCGAAACAAGAUUGUGAUUUGGAUAAGGGGGUUAUGGAAGAGAAUGAUUUCUUACUAAGUUUAUUUUCAAACAAGUCUUCCUCAAAGAUGGUGUAUGUUGAGAGUGCUACCUCAUUAUUAGGUGCUCUUAGAACACGUAACAUAUCUCCUGUAACUACAUACAGGGGAGACUUUGAGCUAGGCCCUCAAAUGCGGAUCAAGGUAUGGGUCUACAAGAAAACAUCUGAAGAGAAAUUUCCCACUUUGAAAAAGUAUUCCAAUAAAGCCCCUCCAACAGAUAAAUUUGCCACACAUGAAGUUAAGGUUGAUUAUGAAUACAAGAGUGUUGAAGAUCCAAAAAGAGUCGUGCCCCCUGAACAAAGGAUCAAAGGCUACCGCUAUGGUCCUCAAGUAGUCCCCAUAUCCAGUGCAGAGUUGGAUGCUGUGAAAUUUAAACCGGAGAAGAGUGUAAAGCUUCUAGGCUUUACAAGUGCAUCGAAUAUCAUGAGACAAUAUUACAUGAAAGACGUCAACCUUUUCAUUGCUGAACCUGGAAAUACAAAAGCAAUCCUUGCAAUCUCAGCAUUAGCAAGAGCAAUGAAAGAGAUGAACAAAGUAGCUAUUGUCCGCUGUGUUUGGAGACAGGGACAGACAAACGUCGUUAUAGGGGUCCUAACUCCUAAUUUAUCUGAGAAUGAUAAAACACCAGAUUCAUUUUAUUUCAACGUGCUUCCUUUUGCGGAAGAUGUCAGGGAGUUCCAGUUCCCAUCGUUCAGCAAUCUUCCGCCAUCAAAGCAGCCAAAUGAACAACAGCAAGAAGCUGCAGAUAAGUUGGUCCAAAUGCUUGAUCUUGCUCCAGCUGGUAAAGAGGAAGCUCUUCAACCUGAUCUCACACCCAAUCCCGUUCUUCUGCGAUUCUACCACUCUCUUGAGAUGAAAUCUAAGGAUCCAAUUGCUACUCUCCCACCGCUCGAUGCGACCCUUAAAAGGAUAACAGAGCCUGAUGCUGGACUUCUUAAUCAAAACGGGGUUGUGUUUGAGGAAUUCCGUCGGUGCUUUGAAGUUAAAGAGAAUCCUAAGCUGAAAAAGUCAUCCAGAAGAAUAAUAGAAGAGAAACCUUCUGGAUCCGAUAAGGAAGGAGAGGGGACCGGUGCUGUUGCCAUGGAUGCUAUUGAAUACCCAUCCAAAGUUGAUACAGGGAAAGGAGAUGGUUAUGAAUCCAAAGACAUUGUUGAUAAACAAGGGGAUUAUUCAUCCAAAGUUACUUUUAAAAAAGAAGGUGAUGACGAAUCCAAAUUCAAAGUUGAGAAAAUCGGGGAUGACAAUCCUGUUCAAGAUUUUGAAGCCAUGCUAUCACGAAGAGAUAACCCCGAAUGGGUUGAAAAGGCCAUAAACAAUAUGAAACAAAAGAUUAUCAGCCUAGUCGAGAACUCUUUCCAAGGAGAUAACUAUUUGAAAGCGUGGGAGUGCUUAGUUGCAUUACGCAAGGGUUGCAUCAUGGAGCAGGAGCCAACACAAUUUAACAAGUUCUUGUACAAACUCGACAAGUAUUGCCACGAGAAACAGCUUGAUGACUUCUUGGAAUACUUGUACCAACGUGAUGUGACUCUGAUAAGCAGCGCUGAAGCCCCCGAGAGCAAAGUUCCUGAGUGUAUAACACGAAUCUGGAUGGGGAAAAAGGAACCUAAAGUUGAGUGAAUCAGCUCACCCUUUUGCAUUGAAAUGGUUACAACUAAUAUCUCUACAAAGGUACAUAUACUAUUUUGUUCGGCUGCAUUAUCCUUUUGUCUCUUGGCUCAUUUUCCUCUUCGCACUGGAGCUUAUGCUGUAGUAUGAAUAUGGCUGCUUAUUAUCGAAGUAAUAUAAAAUAUAUGCUUUAUUAGGUCAGCUGAUUUGGCUUAUAAACUUUGUAGUGCUAUUUUAAUUAUCAGUUCAUCAUGUUUGGAGUCUAGAUAGAGAGAAGACGAGUACAAGACGUUUUUAAAUGUGUCCUGAAUUUAAUGGAUUAGCCAAAGAAUUCCAACUCCCAAUUAUCAUUCGUAGGGGUUAUUGGUUAAGUGCCUAUGCUACAGCUAUGUUUGAAUUAAAUAAUUUAUCGACCUCGUCAAUUUUCUUAAAUUUUGUUUAUUUGCGGGUAGUUACUAAUUAUGACAUAAUAAUAAGUUUAAAGUAUUUGGGUUUGGACGAAAGCUUUGGGCCUAUAAACGCGGCAAGUGUAAUAAUGAUUUGGGACUGUAAGUGAGGCCCAUUCUCGUACAUUCCACUGAAAUAUGGGCCUAUAAAUUGGGCUGUUUUUGUUACAUUUUCAACUAAUGAAUUUGGGCUGAAAUUUCUGCUUUAAUUUCGGCCUAUGUUACGAUAAAUUUGGGCUUAAGUUUCAGAAGGUAUGGCCCAUGUUAUUUUACAUUUUGCAAGUAAUUGGUUUGGGCCUAUACCACCCUUCUAAUAAUUGGACUGAAAGAUGGGCCUGUGUAUGGUUAACAUUCAGUUGGGCUAAUAUUUGGGCGUCUGAUUGGACCUUGUUUGAUGUUGUUGGGGAUAGCGAUGGGCCUUUCAUUAGACUCAUUUUCAGCUAUUUAAUUUACUGCAUAUAAUUUGGGUUGAUAUAUGGGCCUAUAUGUAUAUAUAUUGCAAGUUUAUUAAUUAAUUUGGGCCCACAUCUCGGCCUUCAAGUAAGCCCAUUUCUCAUAUUUCUUUCUCCCCUGAAGUUCGGGUCUGUAAAGCUAGCCUAAUUCUAAUAAAGUUGGGCUGAAAUGUUAUAUACU